GACACCGGCAACGCCGCCAUCUACCCGCCCACCGCCGGGGGGACCUUCACCGAGCUGCCGUACGGGCAGACCUACUUCGGCCGUCCCAGCGGCCGGGCCUCCGACGGCCGGAUCAUCACCGACUUCCUCGGUGCCACAGCCGACGCCGUACCUCGCCGGCAGAACGGCCGCUGACUUCAUCAACGGAUCAAACUUGGCCAUCGGCGGCGCGACGGCGCUUGAGCCGGCGUUCCUGGAGGCCAGGGGGGUGACGUCGUUCGUGCUGGUUGCUCUCAGUUACGAGACGAGGUGGUUCGAGAAUGUACUGCAGCUGCUGGUUGGCUCGGCGUCACACCAUGCGCAACUCAGUAUCACAGCGAGCUCGGUCUUCUUCGUCGGGGAGAUGGGGAUCAACGACUACUUCCUCUCCCUCUUCAGCAACCACACCGUCGACGAGACGGCAAGCUUGGUGCCGCACGUCGUCGGCGCCAUCCGCUCAGCCCUCCUCGCCACGCUCGCCGCCGGCGCGAGGACGGUGGUGGCCACGGGGAUGCCGCCGCUCGGCUGCGCGCCGUACAUGCUCGCUCUGUUCCCGGGCGACUACGACCGCGUCACCGGCUGCGACACGCGGCUCAACGCGCUCGCCGAGCUGCACAACGGCGAGCUGAAGCGGACGCUCGACGAGCUCCGGCGCGCCCACCCGGGCAGGUCCCUCCUCUACGGCGACGUCUACUGCACCAUCAGGGCCGCCGUCACCUCGCCUGCCAAAUUCGGUUUUGGCGACGCGCCGUUGGCCGCGUGCUGCCGUGGCGGCGGCGGCCCGUACAACUUCAAGUUCACGACGUUCUGUGGCGCGCCGGGGUCGACGGCGUGCGCCGACCCGUCCAAGUCCAUCUCGUGGGACGGGAUCCACUUCACCGAGGCGGCCAACAGGCCGCAAUGCUGAGUUUAAAGUCGACCGUAACAUAUCCCCUCCGGCGGUCGAUUUUUUUUCCAUCCAUGUGCGUGGGGCCCACGGGGCUUUAUCCUCCGCGCUUCUCCUCUCCUUUCCACUGCACACGUUCUUCCCCGUCCCUCCAUCUAGAUCUCGUCUGCUCCAUGGCGCCCCUUCCUUCCCCUUUUUUCUUUCUGCUCCAUGCUUCCGCCAAUCCCGCUCACCGGGAACGAGGAGGACCAGAAGGCGUCACACCGCCCUCGCUCUCCCCGUCGAGCUGCCGGCCGGUCGCGCCCCCUCCCCCGCGCCCGUCCCCUCGGUCUCCGUCACGCUCGACGACCUCGCGGCAAGGGAAGGCAUCCCGGCGUGGACCACGA